AUGAAAAGAAAAAGGCAGGAAGGGAGAGCGUCCCAACCGGAGAAAAAACAGAAAAUUUUGGAGGAACCCAUUCACGGUCCUCGACCUAUCGUUAAUCAGUUCCUUUGUUUUGCGGAAAAAUAUUUACCUUGUAAGGUGUUGUUGGAUACUGGUGCAACUGGUCCUGUUUUGUCUGCUGUUUUUGUUGAUAGUUUUGAGGUCCCGAAGGUGAAACGAGACGUCCCGGCCCGAGUAUUUGGAUUUACGGGAGAAGUUAUGAAGGGCACGGGACACGCCUUUACACAACCAUUAACUAUAAUGUCAAGGGGGCAUCAGACACAGUUAUCAUUCGAAAUCGCCCCUCUCCCACUUGGCAUCGAUGCGAUACUACCGAACUGGUGGUUGAAAGAACACAAACCGGUUAUAGGGGCAAAUGGGGAAGUUUCCUACGAUGGUGAAAACUGCAAGAGUCGAUGCUUCACUGACAAGGAACUUCAAAUAGAGAUGGACGAGGGCGUAUUAGACGAUCCGGAGGCACAAUUCAUCGGUAGCAUCUGUCUAUUGGAAGAUGAAUCGGUUAACCUCCGCGAAACUCUUCCCUCUUGGCUCCACAAGUUCCUUAAAGUCUUCCUACCAUCGGAAGCAGAUAAUCUACCACCGCAUCGAUCUCACGACCAUACGAUAGACCUCGAACCAGGGAAGCAGCCGCCAUGGGGACCCGUCUACUCCCUAUCCGAAGUCGAGCUGAAGGCCGAGCAAAUCACCAGCAGGAGCCCAAUCCUAUUUGUGAAGAAGAAGGACGGUAGUCUGCGACUUUCAUCAGCAAACUCUGCUAUUCCUCAGGGCGCAGCGCCUACGCCCUGGGCACCAGGCACGCCAGGCGCUGCCAGGGCAGAGUGCUCGUGUCACGCGUCGCCAGGGUUGAGCGCUCGCGCCAGGCGUCGCCAGGGCAGGGUUCUCACGCCAGCCAUCGCCACAGCAGGGUGCUCGCGCCAGGCGUCGCCACAGCAGGGUGCUCGCGCCAGGCGAUGCUAG